AUGAGGGUAUGCACUUGCAGUUCAGCUAGUUGUGAAGGUUCUGCACUUCCCUUACGGAAUCCACCUCUACCUACCACUUUCCAACCAGGAGUUCUUCCUGGUCCCCCUCCAGCUGGUGGUCCACCUCCAGUAAGGGACCUCAUGCCCCAGAAAACAUCACAUAGAUCCUCACCCCAGCCAUCAUUUAAUUCAGCUGUCAACCAAGAAGGUAUUACAUCAAAUGCCAAUAAUGGAUCUAUGGGGGUUCAUAGUAGUUACGAUGAAAUUGAAGGAGGUGGCUUCUUGGCAACACCACAGCUUACUAAUAAGAAUCCCAAAAUGAGCCGAAGCGUUGGAUAUUCCUAUCCCUCCUUACCACCUGGUUACCAGAACACACCACCCCCUAAUACAGCUGGAAUGCCAUCCUCUUCCUUGAAUUACCCAAGCAGCCCCCAGGCCUGUACUCAGACUCCCUUAGGUGCUAAUCACUUAACUGCAAGCAUGAGUGGAUUAAGUCUACAUCCAGAGGGUCUAAGAAUUGUCAAUCUUCUUCAAGAGAGAAACAUGCUUCCCUCAACACCAUUAAAGCCUCCGGUUCCAAAUUUACAUGAAGACAUCCAGAAACUCAACUGUAAUCCAGAGUUAUUUCGAUGUACGCUGACUGGCAUUCCUCAGACUCAGGCCUUGCUGAAUAAAGCCAAACUUCCUUUGGGACUGCUUCUUCAUCCUUUCAAAGACCUAGUGUUGCCUGUGGUUACUUCCAGUACAAUUGUGAGAUGCCGUUCAUGCAGGACCUACAUCAACCCUUUUGUCAGCUUUCUUGACCAAAGGAGGUGGAAGUGUAACUUAUGUUACCGAGUCAAUGAUGUUCCUGAAGAAUUCAUGUACAACCCUUUGACCAGAGUCUAUGGAGAACCUCACAGGAGACCUGAAGUUCAAAAUUCUACUAUUGAGUUUAUGGCUCCUUCAGAAUACAUGUUACGACCACCACAACCUCCAGUGUACCUCUUUGUAUUUGAUGUGUCUCACAAUGCAGUUGAAACCGGAUACUUGAAUUCAGUUUGCCAGAGUUUGUUAGACAAUCUGGAUUUGCUUCCUGGCAACACUAGGACAAAAAUUGGCUUCAUAACAUUUGACAGCACAAUUCAUUUCUACAGUCUUCAAGAAGGUCUCUCCCAACCACAGAUGCUAAUAGUUUCAGACAUUGAAGAUGUUUUUAUACCUAUGCCAGAGAACUUACUAGUAAAUUUAAAUGAAAGUAAAGAGCUUGUCCAGGAUUUACUGAAAACUUUGCCACAAAUGUUUACCAAGAGUCUGGAGACCCAGAGUGCCUUGGGUCCUGCACUUCAGGCUGCCUUUAAGCUGUUGUCCCCAACUGGUGGUCGAAUGUCUGUCUUUCAAACACAACUCCCAACUCUUGGUGUGGGAGCUCUUAAACCAAGAGAGGAACCCAACCACAGGUCAUCUGCUAAGGAAAUACACCUGACUCCAUCCACUGACUUCUAUAAGAAAUUAGCCUUGGACUGUUCUGGUCAGCAGGUAGCUGUUGACUUAUUCCUUCUCAGUGGACAGUAUUCUGAUUUGGCUUCUCUGGGUUGUAUUUCUCGGUACUCAGCAGGUAGUGUAUAUUACUAUCCAUCUUACCAUCAUCAGCACAAUCCGGUCCAAGUACAGAAAUUACAGAAGGAAUUACAGAGAUACCUCACUCGGAAGAUUGGCUUUGAGGCAGUUAUGAGGAUUCGGUGCACUAAAGGUCUCGCCAUUCACACUUUCCAUGGGAACUUCUUUGUCCGCUCCACAGACUUACUGUCUCUGCCCAAUGUCAACCCGGAUGCUGGGUAUGCAGUGCAGAUGUCAGUGGAAGAGAGUCUUACUGACACACAAUUGGUUUCUUUUCAGUCAGCACUCUUGUAUACAUCAAGUAAAGGUGAAAGAAGAAUACGUGUCCAUACUUUGUGUUUGCCAGUAGUUUCAACUCUGAAUGAAGUCUUUCUGGGAGCUGAUGUUCAAGCAAUUUCAGGGUUAUUGGCCAAUAUGGCUGUGGACAGGUCUGUGACUGCCAGUCUGAGUGACGCCCGGGAUGCUCUAGUGAAUGCCCUCAUCGACUCUCUGGCAGCUUACCGCUCUUCAGUCCUCAGUAACCAGCAACCUGGGCUCAUGGUCCCUUUCUCUUUGCGGCUUUUCCCACUUUUUGUGUUGGCUCUCCUUAAACAGAAAUCAUUCCAGACUGGGACAAAUGUGCGUCUGGAUGAACGCAUUUUUGCUAUGUGUCAAGUGAAAAAUCAGCCCUUGGUUCACCUUAUGCUCACAACUCAUCCCAGUUUGUAUAGAGUUGACAAUCUCUCAGAUGAGGGAGCCCUCAGCAUCAAUGACAGAAUCAUCCCUCAGCCCCCUGUUCUUCAGCUCUCCGUGGAGAAGCUGAGCAGAGAUGGCGCUUUCCUCCUGGAUGCAGGCUCUGCACUGAUGCUUUGGGUUGGGAAAAACUGUGCACAGAGUUUUCUCCACCAAGUGCUAGGAGUUCAAAACUAUGCAUCAAUUCCACAGACUAUGAUAGACCUUCCAGAACUCGAUACACCAGAGUCUGCCAGAACAAUAGCUUUUAUCUCAUGGCUUAGAGAGCAGAGACCAUUUUUCCCAGUACUUUAUGUAAUAAGGGAUGAGAGUCCAAUGAAAGCAAACUUCCUUCAAAACAUGGUGGAAGACAGAACAGAAUCUGCUUUGUCAUAUUAUGAAUUCCUCUUGCAUAUACAGCAGCAAGUGAAUAAGUGAAGAAAUCGGACUUAGUAUUAUUAAGGAAAUCACAACAAUGCAGAAUUCCUGGGAAUGUGUCGUACCUUCCUUUUCUAUUUAAGUUUGUGACUUAAAUGUGAUGAUUGAGAUGUUUUCACUGUGAUCUCAACAAACUAUAGCAAACAAAGGACCACCGCAGAGAAUCAAAAAAAAAUACUGUAUUUUUCAAAUCAAAAUAUAUCUACCUAUGAUUGGAUACAUUUUUCCUUUGCUGCCAAUUAUGUUUGAGUUGUGGAUUGAAAUAGGACAAUAUUGCAGAGGCAAAAUUCAUUUUGUAAAAUACUUGUAUGUUCCACA